AUGAAACAACAAGAGAAUAUAACAGAGAGGUUGAAUGGUUUGGGGAUACAGGGAGUGAGUUGUUUUGAUUCUAGUUUACCUCAGUGUGUGAAACUGGGAGACAGUGAAUCUCUGGCCCUGCAGUCAAAAGGGGAUAUUGUGAUUGGAGGGUUUUUCCCUUUGCAUUAUGUGGCCGCUAAGCCACAGCACAGCUAUUCCAGCAAACCUCAGCUCACACCUUGCAGUGGCUUUGACCACAGAGCCUUCCGCUGGAUGAUGACCAUGGUGUUUGCAGUGGAGGAAAUUAACCAUGAUUCAAGUCUCUUACCAGGUGUUAAACUAGGGUACCGGAUCAUGGACAGCUGUGACCAUGUCCACACCAGUAUGCAGGCUCUUUUUUCUUUAAUCGGCCACUCCAAAGCUGUGACAACUGAAGUGAAACAAAUGGAAGAAACUGAAAACAGAUUAAAUAUGGCAAAGGACAGGGUUACUAGAAUAGAUACUUUGCCCUCAUGUUUGGCUGGUUCACCUGUGCCUGCUGUGAUUGGCCUUGCAUCCUCUUCCCCUACAAGAGCUGUAGCUCACACUCUUGGCCCUGUCAACAUCCCACUGGUGAGUUAUUUUGCCACUUGUACCUGUCUUACUGACAAGCAUAUGUACCCGUCAUUCGUACGGACUGUGCCAAGCGAUCUCUUUCAAGUUCGAGGCCUUGUACAGCUGGUCACUUUCUUAGGAUGGCUCUGGGUGGGAACAAUAGGGACCACUGAUGACUACAGUCACUAUGGCAUCCAAGCAUUCUCUAAUCAGUUUAGACAGCAAGGUGGGUGUGUGGCAUUUCAUCUGACUAUCCCCAAAUCACCCAACGUGGCUGAUACACAAGAAAUGGCAGACAGGCUGCAGAGUUCAACUGCAAAAGUUGUGGUGGUCUUUGCCACAGAGGGACAGCUGCUGGAUCUGCUCUUAGAGCUGGCUCAGAGAAACGUGAGAGGGAUCCAGUGGGUAGCUAGUGAAGCCUGGGUGACCGCUAGCCUGCUGACCUCACGCGACUUCCACGCUCUCUUAGAGGGCACGCUGGGCUUCUCCUUCCCUGGGGUCAGAAUCCCUGGCUUGAAAGAGUUCCUGUUGAAUGUCCGCCCCUCUCCCGCACCAGGAAUGGAAUUUGUCAACAUGUUCUGGGAAGAGCUGUUUGGCUGUAGGCUAGAGCUUGGAGGAGACAGAUCCAAAGAAAAUGGAGUAGAUACUGUGGAUAACUUGUUGGGAUUGGAUGCUUUUGGUUACAAAUCAAAAUCUCAAAACAAUUCUGGAUCCUUGAUUGGGCCUAUUUUAGGACAAAAAAGCUCAUUUAAAGGGUCAGCCAAUGAAAAGCCUGUAUGCACAGGUUCAGAGGAUCUGAGGUACACUGACAGCAGUUAUACUGAUGUAUCUCAGGUCAGAAUAUCCUAUAAUGUGUACAAAGCUGUAUAUGCCAUCGCUCAUGCUCUGCACAAGUUACUGAACUGUGAUUCUUCAGGACUUAACAAGGGUGUGUGUGAGAAAUAUAAAUCAUUUACUUCUAGGCAGUUGCUGGGUCAUCUGAAGACAGUAAAUUUCACCAACCAGUUUGAGGAGAAGGUAUAUUUCGACUCCAACGGAGAGCCGGUCCCUCUGUAUGACAUCAUUAACUGGCAGAAGGACAGCAAGGGUGAAAUUAGAUUCAUCAAAGUGGGAAGCUAUGAUGGUUCGGCUCCACUUGGACAACAGUUACAGAUGGAGCAGAGAACCAUUGUAUGGACAAAUGGACAGUUACAUGUGCCUGUAUCUCAGUGUAGUGCUCCAUGCCCCUCUGGCAGCAGGCAGGCCAGACGUCCAAGAGAGCCUCACUGCUGCUUUGAUUGUUUGCCCUGUGCUGAUGGAGAGAUCAGCAACCAGACUGGUUCCACUGAGUGCACAAAAUGUCCUGACUUUUACUGGUCAGACAAAGACAAAGUCAAAUGCAUUGCCGGGGUUGAAGAAUUCCUGUCUUUCUACGACACCAUGGGCAUCAUCCUGGUCGUACUCACCCUGCUGGGUGUCGUCCUGACAACCAUCAUCACAACUGUCUUUCACCAUUUUCGCUCUACACCCAUCGUCAAGGCCAAUAACUCAGAAAUAAGUUUCUUACUUCUCCUGUCACUCAAUCUCUGCUUCUUGUGUUCCCUGGUGUUCAUUGGCAAGCCGUCUGUGUGGACAUGCAGGCUGCGCCAGGCAGCGUUUGGGAUCAGUUUUGUCCUCUGUCUGUCCUGCCUCCUUGUUAAAACCAUUGUAGUCCUCUUGGCCUUCCAGGCGACUGUACCUGGUUCCAGGGCUCUGAAGCUGUUUGGGCCCUCUCAACAGAGGACUCUGAUCCUCUGCACUACAGCUCCUCAGGUUUGUCUCUGUGCUGGUUGGCUGUUGGGCGCACCUCCCUUCCCAUUCAGGAACCCAACCUAUCAAGCCUCAACUGGAAAAAUUGUUGUGGAGUGUAAGGAGCCAUGGCCUCCUGGAUUUUACCUGGUCCUGGGCUACAUUGGCCUAUUGGCCUUCCUCUGCCUCCUCCUGGCAUUCCUCGGACGCAAGCUACCUGAUACGUUCAAUGAGGCGAAGCUCAUCACCUUCAGCAUGCUUAUCUUCCUGGCCGUGUGGAUCUCUUUCAUCCCAGCUUAUGUCAGUACUCCUGGGAAGUUCACUGUGGCUGUGGAAAUAUUUGCUAUAUUAGCCUCCAGUUUUGGACUGUUACUGUGUAUUUUUGGGCCCAAAUGUUACAUAAUUUUACUGCGGCCUGAAAGAAACAUUAAAAAAGGCAUGACUAGAAAAUAUCCCAGAUAA